UCUUACUUUUAGCCUCAAAUGCGUGGUUAAAUUCUUUCGGGUUCUCUUUAUUUUCACCGUGUAUAAUUAAUAUUUAAUUAAUUCGUUAAUUCAAUAUUUAUCAGCAAAGAGAAAAUAAAACAAGCGGAAACCGUUAAUAGCCUACAGAGUAAUUUAAUCAAUUUAUUGGUAAUUAUUUGAAUAUUAAAUACUAAAACUAAGCUUUCUGGAUAAAUAGUACAUCGAUUUAAACAAUGAAAUUAAACUAUGGAGGCAAAAGACAUAUAAAUAAAACAACAUUAAUGGGUAACGUUGUUUUAUUUAUAUUUCUUCCUUAUGCUGCGACAACAAAUGGGAAAGAAUACAAUAUGACAAAAGAAGAAUUAAUCAUAGAAACUCCAAAAGAAAAUGCUUCAACAGAACCGUCUAAUCUGGUAUCGGAACUACUUAAAGCAAUACAAAUAUUAAAUAAACUAGAAAUAGUGAUAAAAAACACAUCUAAUCUUGCACUAUUGCAAACUAUUACAAAAACAGCAAUUAAACCAUCAUGGAAACGAAUUCAAGUACUACAAGUACUAGAACAACUAGAAAAAGCUAUAGAAAAAACAUCGUAUCCAGCAACAGAACCACACACGACGUCUUUAAAAAAAUUAGAGGUUCCUAGAAUUAAUAUAACAAAACCAGGAACAAUCAAAGAAAGGCCAAGAGAUGAUCUUCUAUCUAACGAGGAAUCGAUACUGCAUCAACUACUACUGAACCGAUUAAAAGAAGGAUUAGAAAAACCAUCUAGUAAAAGCCCACAACUUACAGUGGCGACAGAAGGAACGCCCACCGAAACUAUGAAAGAAAAUGCUUUUGCUAAUCAAAAAUCGGUAGUACUUCAACUAGUACUAAAUCAAUUUAAAAAAUUAUUAGAAAAAACAUCUUAUACAGUUUCAGAAACAGCAAUGGAAAAAGAAGAAACCACUAAAGAAAGUUCCAAAGAAAAUAUUGCAUUAAAAUCACCGAAUGUAAAAUCGAAACUAUUAGACAUACUGAAUCAACAAAGAAAAACAGUAGGAAAUCCCUCUAUUCCAGCAUUCAAUCUACUUCAACUAAUACCAUAUCUACUAGAUAAUGCUUCAGUAAAAUUAUCAAAUCCCGAAACGGAACCAGAACAUAAGACUGCAGAGAGUGUCUCCACAAUUAAUAAUGACGAAAGCAUAAACAAUAAAAAAAUAUCAAAUCGCCGCGGAAUGACGCAGGUCGAGAUGGCAAUUUUGAAACAAGCAAUUAUUAAAUCUUUCGAGGAAGCUUUGAAAAAAUUUGAAGCGGAACCACCAGAGUCUCCGAAAUCACCAGCGUCUUCAGAGCCUCCAGGGCCUCCACAGGUUCCAGGGCCUCCACAAGCCCCAGGGUGCGCACCCGUCAUGCCCAUCAUGUAUCCGUUCUACCGCAUGUAUUAUUAUUACCCGUGCUCUUCCUCCUACUUCUACUUCUACGGGUAAUACCUGCGGUUAAUGUAAUGUAUAAUAUAAUACAGUGUGUAAGCUUUAUACGGGCAAUAAAUUAAACCAGGCAUGGAAAUUAUUAGUGUUAUCAUUAAUUACGAGGUGUUUUUAAGUUACUCUUAAUUUUUAUACCAAGUACCUUAUUAUUUUUUUGAAUAGUUUUUGGGUUGCGAUGACAGCCAUGAUAACUGUCAAUGAGGAUUUGACGCCGGAGUGUUUAUUAGGUACAUUGCGAGUCGAAUUAUUUUGUAUGGAUAACAUUUCAAUCAUUUAAGUUGUAAGUAAAAGUUAUCUAAAUAACAUUUCUUAUCACGAAUAUUAAAUUGCUGUUAAUGGAGUUUUUUCCACGCAAUGCUCUACUACUGAGUUAAAAUGAUUUGAAUUUGCAGCCAUACUAAUAUGUGCUCUCCGGUAACACAGCUACAUAUACACUCAUGGAAUGUUUUUAAGUAAUAUAUUAUUGUUAUUUAGAGCCUACUCUGACCCACUGCUGGGCAAUUAGGCAAGUUCGUUAGGUAUGCUAUGUUGGCUUUUAACAUAAAUAUUUAUUAAAUGUUGUAUUUGUUUGAUUUUGUAUUUAUUUGAUUUAUUAUUUGUUGGAUUUUUAUUUCGUGUCAAUGUGUCUGGUUUUAGAUAUGCU